CUUACACACGUUAGAGAGCCUCCACCUGUUAUUUGCUACAUCGAGCGGUUAGCUAACGUCAAAACGCUACGGCGGACCAUUAGCUCAUACGAGCUAAUAGCGUUACCUCCCCUCACCCCUGCUGCGUAUCAUAGCAAGGCUGUCAACAUGUUACAGUGAGUGAUGCACCGAGUGCUGAUAAUAACAAUGGCCAUCUGGGGGGCGCAAGGAUGCUCCAAUUCAGAGAGCUGCCCGCCACCGCCGCCCAACAUCACCUCAAAGGACUUCUGUUACUCGGCUCGAAUUCGCAGUACAGUGCUCCAGGGUUUGCCCUUUGGGGGGGUUCCUACUGUUCUCGCCCUUGACUUCAUGUGUUUCCUGGGGCUGCUGGUUGUCUUCUCUUUCUUGAGAAAAGUAGCAUGGGACUAUGGACGCCUCGCUCUGGUGAACGACGCCGACAGAAGAAUGGAUCAACAUUACAGUCGCCUGGAUGAUCGGGAAUACGCGGACUUCUCAGCUCUGAGCGCACCUCACGAGCUGCCCGGGCAGGAUGCUCACGGCGAGAGCGGUCCCUCUGGCAUGACAUCAGACAUAACUGAGCGCUACGAGCGCCUCACUUCAGUGUCCAGCUCUGUGGACUUCGAACAGAGAGACACAGGCUUCUGCUCCUGGCUAACUGCCAUUUUUCGCAUCAAGGAUGAAGAGAUAAGGGAGAAGUGUGGCGAGGAUGCCGUGCAUUACUUGUCCUUUCAGCGCCACAUCAUUGGCCUGCUGGUCGUGGUCGGCGUCCUGUCUGUGGGCAUCAUCUUGCCUGUUAACUUCUCGGGAAACCUACUUGAAAACAAUGCCUAUAGUUUUGGGCGAACUACGAUAGCAAAUUUGAAUGCAGAUAAUGCACUACUUUGGCUGCACACCAUCUUUGCUUUUCUCUACCUGUUACUUACGGUGUACAGCAUGCGACGGCACACCUCCAAGAUGCACUACAAGGAGGAUGACCUGGUGAAACGCACUUUAUUUGUCAAUGGAAUCUCCAAAUAUGCAGAGGAGUCAGAGAUAAAGCAACACUUUCAGCUGGCGUAUGAGAACUGUGUCGUACUGGAAGCGCGUAUAUGCUACAAUGUGGCCCGGCUGAUGUACCUCAACUCGGAAAGGAAGAAGACCGAGCGGAGCAAGAAAUUCUUCCUUGACUUGGUGGAAAAGGAGCAUAUUCCCACCAUGAUCAAUCCAAAACCCUGCGGACACCUUUGCUGUUGCAUCAUCAAAGGCUGCGAGCAGGAAGAGGCCGUGGGCUACUAUACCAAGCUGGAGACCCAGCUAAAGGAUGACUACAGGAAGGAGAGAGAGAAGGUUAACAGGAAACCCUUGGGAAUGGCCUUCGUCACCUUCCAGAAUGAAUCCAUAACUGCCACAAUCCUAAAAGACUUUAACGCUUGCAAGUGUCAAGGCUGUCAGUGUCGCCGGGAACCCAAAAGCUCUCCAUUCAACGCCAAGCUCCACACACACAACUGGACUGUCAGCUACGCCCCUGAUCCGCAAAAUGUGUACUGGGAGCACCUGUCAGUGGGAGGAUUCCCCUGGUGGAUCCGCUGCUUCAUCAUCAACCUUGUCCUCUUCCUCCUGCUCUUCUUCCUCACCACCCCGGCCAUCAUCAUCUCCACAAUGGACAAGUUCAAUGUUACCAAACCAGUCGAGUACCUUAAUAAUCCAAUCGUCACCCAGUUCUUCCCCACCCUCCUUCUGUGGUCCUUCUCCGCCUUACUGCCUACCAUUGUCUACUAUUCGGCCUUCUUUGAAGCCCAUUGGACCCGUUCAGGAGAGAACAGGACCACAAUGCAUAAAUGCUACACUUUCUUGAUCUUUAUGGUCCUGUUGCUGCCUUCCCUUGGACUCAGCAGUUUGGAUGUUUUCUUCCGCUGGCUUUUUGACCGAAGAUUCUUGGCUGAUGCCAAAGUGAGAUUUGAGUGCGUGUUUCUUCCUGACAAUGGAGCCUUCUUCGUGAACUAUGUCAUUGCGUCUGCAUUCAUUGGUAACGCCAUGGACCUGCUGAGGAUCCCCGGCCUGCUAAUGUACAUGAUCCGCCUCUGCUUGGCCCGCUCUGCAGCAGAGAGGAGGAACGUCAAGAGGCACCAAGCCUUUGAGUUCCAGUUCGGCGCAGCUUAUGCCUGGAUGAUGUGUGUGUUCACCGUGGUAAUGACCUACAGCAUCACCUGCCCAAUCAUUGUCCCUUUUGGGCUGAUGUACAUGCUGCUCAAACACCUCGCGGACCGGUACAACAUGUACUACGCCUAUCUGCCAUCCAAACUGGACAAGAAGAUCCACUCUGGAGCGGUCAACCAAGUGGUGGCAGCUCCGAUUCUCUGCCUCUUUUGGCUCCUGUUCUUCUCCACCGUUCGCUCCGGGUUUUCAGCUGCCACGUCCAUGUUCACGUUCGUAGUUUUGAUCAUCACAAUCAUCAUCUGCCUGUCUCACGUCUGCUUCGGACACUUUAAGUAUCUAAGUGCUCACAACUACAAGAUUGACACCCAGGCGGUGGACGGCUUGGAGAACGGGCGUCCAGUGUGUGCUACUGCCGCCAACAAGGCAGCGCAAAUGUACAUUGCUCAGGUACUUCAGGACCCAAAUUUAGAGGAGGCUGGUUCAGGUAGCGGCGAGGACGAUGGACAGGUUUCCUCGCAGGACGAGGAAAUAAUCAACGUGGAAAAUGGCCUGAAUGAGGACUUCCAGUCUGGGGAGGACAGCCUCAUUGAUAAUGAGGUUCGACACUGAUCUCCCUGGUUUCACUUGAGGAGUGCACUGAAUAUGUGAAUUUAACUAGGAACUGAACCAACAGUUCUCCAAAGCAUCUCAACCUCAAUGGAGGGACUUGACACUAACAUAAGCACAGUCUGUUAAGGAUUGGAUGGAUAGUCGCUCAAGGACUCCUGCAUUUUCUUCACUGGAUCUCACCACAUACUCUGGCUAUACACCUGCAGAGGGAAUCUACUCUAACAAUGCAAGGCCAGCAACAUCCUUCUGCCCCAAUAUAGCUGAGGCACACCCCAAAAAAACGCACAUGGACCGAAAUGAGAAAGACACUAAUGCACAAUGAAGAAUAGCUUGCCUUGUUUUGUAGGGGAAGUGAUAUUCUGUCUGUAUGUCCUUUAAACGUUGUUGCCCUUGAAAGAGAGGACCUGUCCCAUAAGCUCCAUUUUUCACUAGCGUACGAUAGUACAGCAUGCCUACAAGUUCAAAUGGUGGAGUUUUUUUUUUUUUUUUUAAUAAUCCUUUGUAUUAUUUCUGCACUAAAUGCUUCCCCUAAAUAAGCAGCGGAGACCAAGAGAGGAGUUGUCUGCUUGGUCUGUGCAGAUGUGAUCUCAAAACUGUUCUUCCAGUUCCAUAAAAGCCUUUUUUUAUUCCCCGCUGUCACGAACACUCCUAGACACUGUACAGCUACAAAACUGUGGAUCUCAAAAAUAGCCUCUUUUGACAUAUUAUGGCAUGCUAUUUAUUUGUAGGCUUUGAAUUUUAAAAGCCAUCAAGCUUGAUGCAUCCGCGUGGAAUUCGUACCUCGGCGCACUACAUUGAAUAUGAUCUUUUAGCCGUUCGGUCUCUGAGCCUCUGGGGGUGGAGGGGGAGGGGGGGAAGAGACUGCUGUUGGACUGCUGCUAGUGAUGCGUCCCCCAGUAGGGGACGUUCUUGUACAACUGGUGCAGGAGGAUCGGAGGCCCGGAGCCUGCUGGUCCUUCAGUGCUGCUCAAAGGCUAGAGGGAAAGGCUUCUUGGGCGGGGGGGGGUUCUGGGUCAGCUUCAUGUGAUGCUCAUGUGACGGGUUCUCUUUAUCUGUUUUCCUUGGUUCGUAUCUUUGUUAUGUUUACGUCAUUAUGUAGAGAUUUUGAAAUUUGGCAUUCGGGUCGAUGGCUACGGAUAGUUUUGAGACUCUUUCCGGGUCCCUUCCAUUCUCGUCAUGUAGCGAUCUGCUCUGAUGGUCAUCGAGCAUUGCAACGGAUUCCCAUUUGACAUUACUCAAGUUGCAGAUUGUCUGACUCAAAUUGUGCAAUAUUGGUGAUAACGGAUCCGAUAGGCAAGACCACUUGAGAGAGUUACUCCAGUGGAGGACGUCCACAUCUACUUGGAACCUUAAGUUUAGGCUACUGAAUAUUACAUAUUUCUAUGCCCUUGUCAUUUAAAUCAAAAAUGGAAUAUAAAUGAAUUAUGUUCGUUCUUGACUUGUUAUGAAGUAAUUAAAUUUACCCCCAUAAUUGUGCAAAUCCACCUGUAAGACGGAGCAAUAGUAUUGUACAAUAAUUCAUCGAGCUGCCUCUGUCAUAUGAGCAGCUCCUUUUCAAGUACCAGGAGUAUUAAGACAGAAAGACUUACUUAAAAAAUACGAAUAAAAGUACAAAAUCAUGAUGGGACACAAAGUGCCCACACAGAAAUGACCUGAUUCAGAAUCGAUCAAGCUUCAUGUUACUGUCAUUUGAUUUUUCCCUUGGUCAGGAGGACACUAUGAUUUUCCCCGUUGAACAUAAAAAAAAAAAAAGGUUGUUGGUGGACGAGUGAUGCAGACAAAUGACCACUACAGUCCAUCGCUGUGGACCAGUGAUGUUUUCGGGCCAUAUUAUUGCUCAUGUAUUAUCCUGCUGCUCAGAGAACUAUUGUAUGAAAUGUGCACUAAUCUUCCUUGCACUCGUAUGAUUGACAGAAGGGCACGCCGCCUGUGGAUGUAAUGAUGACAAUGGUGAACCUAAACUCCAUAAUGUAUCCAUGGCUACAGUCGACCAUGUGUGGGUUCAUUAUUAUGGUACUAACAAGAGAAUUGUUUGACGCCAUUGAGUCUGGUGCUCUUUAGUCAUGAUGGGGUGAUUUUCUUUUUCUUUUCUUUUUUUUUCCUCUGAUUGCUUUGAAUAUCUGAACAAAUCCUGUCAAAAUAACACCCAUGGUCCAUCUCUGAGUGGGAGAUACUUAAACGUCUCACGUUGUCUAACAACUCGUGUUUAAACGCAGAAUGUAGGUUCAUUCCAUAUCUUUUUGGUAAGUUGCUAUAGAAAUGGCGUGAUUGCUGUAUUUAAACAGCCUCAAAGGACAGUUCACUAGCUAAAAAAUAUGUUUUGUGCUUAUAAUUUAUUUACAAAUCUUACUGGUGUCCAGUCUUUUGAGAACAUGAUCUACAUUUGUCGGUCUGAUGGUUGCAAUGAUUUCCAGUAGUCUUUUUCUAACUGCUCAUGAUGGAUAUUUUAUUUUAGUUUAUCUUAAGAUCUGUAUAGAUUGUUUUUGUAAACAGCCAAGCACUUUCUAAAAUAAGUUCUCCGCUUGUUUCUACAAUGUGCUCAGAAAGGGUAGUAAAAUGUAUUUGUCUCAAAUCUGUGCAUAGCUAGAAUGUGAUUGUUUGUGUGCUUAAGUCUUUUUUAUAGUUUUACAUUUUUCUAGAUAGGAAGAGUAACUAUAGAAGAUCUCAGCAUUUGACCGUGUCAUUUUAUUAUUUUUUCCAAAAGGGCCAUCAGUACAACAGAUAUAUUGUAUCCUCAUCCCCAGCCCCAGCUCUUUGAACAAUAAAUCUGUGUUUAAUCAUGUU